AUGUGGAACGACAGCAUAGGCUCGCGGGCUGGGCUCUCCAACCGGGACUUGGGCGGCAGCGUCCUGGCGGUAGACCGCAGCCGAGGUGCCGCGCGGGCCGCGGGGCGCGCGCCACACCCGCCCAGGUCCUGGGCGCGCGGUCAGGGUUCGGGCGUCCGCACCUCCCGGCGGCCUAAGGCGGGCGUCCUGGACGAGGGAGCGGAGGCGUGGGGAGACGCGCAGCCCCGGCCCGCCGCCUCAGUCGUCUCGGAGAAGGUGCCCGGGAGCGAGUCCGAGUCCCAGCAACCCAGCUCCUCGGAGGCGUCCGACCACAGGGUCAUCGCAAGCCACUCCGAGCUGUUCGCAGCCGCUCUGGGCAACGUGGACUGGCUGCGGUUCUGCCUGAAUCGCGAGCGCAAGGAGAGAGUGACUGACGACAAGGGCUUCACUGCCAUCCACUUCGCCGCCCAGCAGGGCAAGCUUGGGUGUAUUCAGGUCUUGGUAGAGGAAUACAAGUUUCCUGUGGAUCUGCCCACCAGCCAUUGCCAGACCCCACUACACCUCGUUAUCCACCGAGACAACAAGGCGGAGGUCCUCCCCUGCAUUCACUACCUGCUCAAGAAAGGGGCAGCCGUCAACUCUCAGACAUGCAACGGCUCCACGCCCUUACACCUGGCAGCCCGAGAGGGCCUGCUGGACUGUGUGAAGGUCCUGGUGAAGAGUGGGGCCAAUGUCCAUGCCCAAGAUGCCUUAUGCUGCAAGCCCAUCGACCAUUGCAAAAUAUGGAACCAUCGAGCAUGUGCUCGGUUCUUGAAGGAUGCUAUGUGGAAACAGGACAAGAAGGAAUUUGCCCAUGAGAUGGGGAAACUGACCAGCCUCAAGGAGAAGCUGGCCCUCAUGGAGCACCGUUACCUAAUUAAGUAUCAAGGAGAACAAAGAAUUCUGAGACAGGAUGAAUUCAAGAAGUGGCUGCACUCCAAGCAGCUGUCCCAGUGCCACUCCCGAGGCUCUGACCUCAAGCAAAAGGCUGUUGCUGGACCUAGGUCCCUGGCCCUCUCCAAGACCUUAGGAUCCCGGGUUUCCAAGAUCUUCCAUCCCUCUGUGGAGGCACGACUGCUGAACUUGCCCCAGCCCACGCCGCCACCUAAGCCCAUCUACAGACAGCACACUAUCAGUCGGCCGAAGUUGUGGAAUUUUAGCAAUAACCCUGCCAGACCCCCUACCAUUGACAUCAGCUAUCCUCAAGGCAUCCGCCUGGGUGUGCAUCCUGAGCCCUGCCAGCAGCAUGACUUCCAAAGCUUCCUGGAUGUGACUCGGAAUUCGCUGGGGGGCGCGUGGCUGCGUACAGUGGAUGGCCACUGGGUGGCGCCCGUGCCCCGGCUGCCAUUCGAGGUGAUAGUUACUGCGCUGAAUCCUGGGUUGAAAUCAUACAGGAUGAAGGUGCCUCAAGGCUUGCGUCCCCUCAGCAUCCUCAGGGUGCCCCAGAAGAGACACGUGGCCAAAACCUGGCCCGACUCAAUAUCCAUGAGCCUGCGUGAGACCUUUGAUGAAGCAUUCCUCGCAAUUCUAAGAGACCAGGGGCUGCCCAACCUGCCCUCCUCCAAGAAUCUCCUAUAAAGUUGUUUUGGAAGCCUCCCAGCGAAGCCUGAGGUAUAAAUUCCUGUUGUAGAACCAGAAAGGACUGU